GAUGAAUUCCAUCCAUUUAUCGAGGCCCUUUUGCCUCACGUCAAGUCGUUCUCCUACACAUGGUUCAACCUUCAGGCAUCAAAGAGAAAAUACUUCAAGAAACAUGAAAAGAGAAUGUCCAUGGAAGAGGAGAGGAGAGUCAAAGAUGAGUUACAGAACGAGAAGGCAGACAUAAAACAGAAGUGGGCCUCCAGACUGCUGGCCAAGCUGAGAAAAGACAUUACCCAGGAGUGCCGUGAAGACUUUGUACUCAGUAUAACCCGCAAGCGAAAUCCAAUCUGUGUGCUCAGCAAUCCGGAUCAGAAGGGCAAAAUGAGGCGGAUUGACUGUUUGCGGCAAGCUGAUAAAGUUUGGAGGCUUGACCUGGUCAUGGUCAUCCUGUUUAAAGCAAUCCCUCUGGAGUCGACGGAUGGGGAGAGGCUGGAGAAGUCUCCGGACUGUUUACAUCCUAAUCUGUGUGUGAACCCAUACCAUAUAAGUGUCUCGGUCAGAGAGCUGGAUCUUUACCUUGCUAACUUUAUACAUAGUUAUGUGCCAGAUCUCCAUGGUGACUACAUUGAUCUUUCAAUGAAUGGGGAUGCAGAUAUCAAAGUUCCGGGUAACAUCCACUCUGGUGUGUCUGGAAAUGAUAGCAUCAUGGCAACUGGGGUGUUUUCUGCAUCUGAGCUGCUUCGUGUCACUCGACCAUCAAUAAUGAUGACUCCAAAUGGCACCCAUUCACUCGUCCAGCAAGGAAGAUUGGAUUCUCCCAGCUACUACAGCUACAGUCCUCAGGAGCAGGGACCACCAACCAUGGUCCCAAUGCAUACAGUCACUCUGAGCAAUGGUCAGACGGCUACUCUGAGUCCUGCAGGAAACCCACAUAAAAAGUUGAAGCGGAGCCACAUGAACUCAAUGUCCUCGGUAGAUGAUGAUGUCGACAGCGUGGAGGGGGAGGAUACUCUCAGUGGUUACUAUGCCAAGAGUUCAGGAGGCAGCCUAGGCCCACAUUCCUCCUGGCAGGCGGAGCAUAUGGAGCCAGGAUUGAGCCAGGAUCAAUCUAUGCACCCACCUCACAUACUGCUGCCAAUCAAGCCUAAACAAGAGCCAGGUUUUGCCCCUGUGUCUCCAUCAGGGGGCAUGGGUGGCCAGCUCUCUAGAUCACUGAUUCCCACACCACCCAGGCCUAUGAGCACUCACACGCCAGGCAUGAUGUCUGCAGGCUCACAUUCACAGCAGCAUGCAUCACCUGGCCCUGGUAUAAGCCAUAUGGUCUUGACAUCCCAGCAAGGGAUUAAAUAUGAGGCCCAGCAGAAUGACACACUGAGCGACUUUGUUACUCUGGUCUGUCAAGAGGCACAGAAUUCUCAGAAUCACCAGGGGCAAAACUCGCCGCCAAUCAGAAGCCCAAACCGGUUGCCCCAUUUUUUCUCACCAGGGAUGCUACCGCCACCUCCCCCUCCUCCUCCUAACCUAGCACGGCCAGUGGCCAUCCUUCAAACUUCAGAUGGUCACACUAUACUGAGUAGUCAAGCUUCCACCACGUCUGCAGGUGUGAGCAACCAGCUGCACAUCUCCCAGGGUGGUGUCUCCAGCUCACCCAGUACCCCACCAGUGAGUCGUUCCAUCAUGUCUAGUCCAUUUACCUUGCUGUCUAGGUCUGAGCAUGCCUUUGCUCAUAUACACCCACAGAUCUUCACUUACCCAAGUAUAAGCCCUGUCAACGCCAUCAGUGGAGUCAUCAGUCCCACCACACUCAGUCUGAUUGCCUCUCCUAUAGCCACUCCACGGACAACACCAAGAUCCACCCCGAUACCUCGGUGGACCUCCAACUUUAUAUCUAUGGAUGACAACAUAGAAUACUCCAUGCUGGCAAACAUCAUGCCUACAGUAAACACAGAUGAGUCUCUCCUUGGGGAAGAUCGUUAUUUUUCAGUUCACUCAAGUGAGAGCUUGGACUCCUCAAAUGGGGCUCUGUCCCAAGGUCCGCCUCAGCAGCAGUCUUCUCAGCACCAGCCUCAACAACAGCAGGGAAAUUCUGGUCUCUCCCAGCAGCAACAGCAGCAGUCACUGCAACAGCCUGCAACACCCCAACAGCAACAGUCAGUGGCCUCAAGUGGCUCAGAUUCUUCCCCCAAGCAAUAG